UUCAUACACAAGUGCAAUCACUGAGACUCUGGGCACGAACAAAGGGGCAACAAAACAAGUGAGGACAUUGCCUUCUUCAGCUCACGUGACCGAAACAGCGAAACGCGGUCGUUUCUCCUUCACCUUAAUGCACGUCUUUGUACACCUGACUGACUUCUGAAACAUCAUAUUCCUGACAACCUACAGGUAACUAUCUCACGUGACACAAUAUAACCAAUGGCUGAAGCUCACGCCGUACGUGAUAACCAAUCAACGUGACAACUGCAAAUGACUUUGACAUAUAACCAGGGUACAUGCAAGGACAAGAUCGAGCUGGACAACCGUAACCCCAACUUAAACAUCGAUCAGGAGUGUGAUCCUAGCCUCCGUUCAAAAGUAUCAAUCUCCUUUCCUAUACUUGUUGACUGUAAAACAUGAAGCACGCAUUGCUUUUCUGCUACUUGUCUGUCUUUAUCAUAGGUUUGGCGAACUGCGAGUGCAUACCGGAUUGCACAAACACAUUUGAGUCGGACAUAGUAGAUGCAAACGUCACCCAGAUAUGCACUACCGCGCUGGACUACCUGAGCUGUCUGUCGUCCUGCAGCAUAGAAAUGGCAUCUUACAUCCAUGAACUGGAGAACGCCUAUGGCACUGACUGUGAUCUGUCAGCCUACUCUGGUUCCUACUCUGGUUCCACCUCUCAGUCCAUCAGUUUUCUUACCUUCCUCGUAGGUCCACUGUUAGCUGCUUAUGGAACCUUCGGACUGUAACCCUCUCUGAUGUCAUCAACAUACGGCUGCACCAGAGACAGACAUAAUCUAAACCUACUACUUAAGUUUCUUAAUUACAUCUUAGUUAAUCAAUGAUCGACACUCAGUAUAUGUACAACUUUGCAGACGAUAUUAAA